UCUAGGGAGGGGUUCAAAUUUUCUUGGAUCCCAUCCCAUAUAUAACUGCUACUGCUAUAUGUAGCUUUCUAUCCAUCCACUACAGAAUCGUUCGUUCUAGUGUAGUUGUAGUGAGUCAAAACAGAAAAUUAAAUUCCCACCAACCAAACAAGCCCACUAUGGCCACCUCACCUCAUCACCACCACCACAUCCUCACCGUCUUCCUCCUCAUCGCCGCCGCCGCCACCACCACCACCGUCACCGGCACCGACCACAUAGUCGGAGCCAACCGAGGAUGGAACCCCGGGAUCAACUACACCCUCUGGUCCAACAACCAAACCUUCUUCGUGAACGACAUGAUCUCGUUUAGGUAUCAGAAAACGCAGUACAAUGUGUUCGAAGUGAAUCAAACUGGUUACGAUAACUGUACCACUGAAGGAGCUACGGGGAAUUGGAGCAGUGGAAAAGACUUUAUUCUCCUUGAUAAGGCCAAGAGGUACUACUUCAUUUGCGGCAAUGGCGGUUGCUACAGCGGAAUGAAAGUUUCUGUGCUUGUUCACCCUCUUCCGCCGCCGCCUUCUUCUUCUCCCUCCGGCAAGACCUCCUUGUCGGAUUCCACCGCUAAGGACGGGUACAAGGUGCUUGGGAAGGUUGUGGUGGCGGUGGUUUCGUCGAUCUGGUUCGGAUUUGGCUGGAUCUAGCGGCGGUGGUUGUGGUGAUUGUUUGUUUUUCUAGGGUUCUUAGAGGAGCUAGCUCUGUGAUUGAGAUGUAUUAUUUGGGAAAUCAAAGAGAGAUUAUUAAAAAAAAGGUUUUUUCAGAUUUUUUA